AGCCAGCCAGCAAUCUACACACUGGUUGGCCAGAACCUUCAGGCUUGUGAACAGCUCUAGCCCAUUCUAAGCAGCGCGUAGCGCUGGACAACCAACCUCAUGUCUCCCUUAUCAAAGGCCUGUAGCACCGCCACUUCCUGCUGAGCCGACCUACCUGUGUUUGCCCAUUCAGGCCGGGGAUUUAUGGGUAAGAGGAAGAUCCGGUUCCGCUGGCCAUAAUACACAAGGAGGUGAAUUUGGCUUCUGUUUGGGGUGCUGCACUGCUUAUGUGUCUCGUCACUGUGUGACAGGGAGCUCGCGUAAUGCAUUGAAGGUCAACUUCAUGCAACUGCCCCACUGCAUCUGAUAAACUUUGCAAAAUAAGGUAUGGCAUCCCGUUUUUGGAGGUUAUAACCUGUAAAAAGGAACUCAGUUUCUUAAUAUUACAGAACAUUGAAUGAAGCACAAGGAAUACAUAUUACUCAGGUAAAGUGAACUCAAAAUGGCCAUUACACAGUUCAGACUUUUUAAAAUUUGCACUUGCUUUGCCUCUGUGCUCGCUUUCUUCAAGAGACUGAUAUGCAGAUCUGGACGGGGCAGAAAGCUAAGUGGGGAUCAAAUAACUUUGCCAACUGCAGUGGAUUAUUCUGUUCCAAAACAGGUGGAGGAAUGGAGCUCUUGGGAUGAAGAUGGGCCGACCAGUGUAAAAAUUGAAGGUGGUAAUGGUACCUUAUCUACACAGAAUUCUCUAGAACAAGACGAACCUGACUAUUUUAAGGAUAUGACCCCAACUAUCAGGAAAACACAAAAGAUUGUUAUCAAAAAGAGGGAACCUAUAAAUUUCAUUGUUCCUGAUGGUAACAUAGGAUUUUCCAGUAGGCUAGCAGCUACACAAGAUAUUUCUUUUGUCCAUCAGUCUCCAGAGCUGGGGGACUUGGAAACAUGGCAAGAGAACACCAAUGCUUGGGAGGAGGAAGAUGCUUCUUGGCAAGCUGAAGAAGUUUUAAGGCAACAGAAGAUUGCUGAAAGGGAAAAGAGGACAGCAGAACAACAAAGAAAGAAAAUGGAGAAAGAGGCACAACGUCAUAUGAAGAAAGAUCAAACUAAAAUUGGUGUCAAAUUAUCCUAACACGUGAUAUUUAUUAAAACAAAACCAUUUAUAGGGUUUCUGAAAAUUUGAGAACUCUACACUAAUGCUCAUUGGCAAACCAGGAAAGGGAAAAAUCCAUUCAAAAGGGAUUCUUCAGGAAGGGGCUGAUGGGAUCUGUGGGUAUGACCGCCUCAGUCCCUUUUUAUGACUUUGGAAACGUGCACCAUUUACAAGAUGACAUUUGCAACUAGUGCAUGGAACUUUCAGUAGAUUUAUAAAAGGUGUAAAUAAUUGUGGUGAAAAAAGAUCUACUUUUUCCAAAAUGCAUUGUGAAAUAUGUAAUUAAUAAAGGUUUUUAAAGGAAAA